CGCUGUUUCUGCCCGCUGAUUGGCCAAGCCUCCCACUUUUGUAGCAUAGGCCUACCUAGUGGUGCAGCGUCUUCUGACGAUGACGUUGAACUUACCCUGAACACUUGAUCGCAGACCACGUUAGCAGUUCAUACGGAUAACCAACUUGGGUUAUCUACGUCAACAUCAGCUCUGCCUCAUCAGGUGGAUUUUUACUGGAGGGUUGAUGUCUGAAACAUCCAUGAUGCAUGAGUUAGGCAACAGUGAUCAAGGGGCAGUGCUGGCGGUGGAUACCGGUAACGAGCGUGAGGGGUGCGGGUGCGGGCCGUGCCGUCCUCGAUGUUUGGUUCCCUUGGCCCGCCCAUCAGUCUUCUCCGCUCUCAUGGCCCUCGUCCUCGUUGUCGAGCUGGCUGCCAUGAACGGCUACAUCGGUGCCAUCACUUCCACCCUGGAGAAGGAAUUCCUGCUGUCCAGCUCCGAAGUAGGGGCCAUCUCCAUCAUCAACGACCUGGUCAGUCUCUUGGUGGUUGGGAUCUUCACCUACUUUGGCCACUCGGCCCACCGCCCACGCGUCAUCGGUACGGGCGCCGUCCUGGUCGGCGUCGGCACGGCCACUUGCGCUCUGCCACAUUUCAUCGCCGGGCCGUUCUCGGCCUCUCUCGCUCUGAACGCCUCGGAGCAUCAGCUGUGCUGGGAGUCUCCUAACACCACGCAACCCACGCACACACCUAUUAAUCGGUCCAAAUACAGCAGUUUGUAUCUCUUCAUCAUUGGACAGAUUAUAGUGGGUGUUGGUAACGCUCCCAUCAUUCCCCUGGCCAUGACGUAUGUGGAUGAUGCAGUCGAGAAGUACAAGACAACUGCGUACGUUGCCGUCAUAUACAUCGGUACCUCAGUCGGACCUAUGAUGGGUUUUCUCGUCAGCAGCUGGGCGCUGUCCUUCUACGUGGGUCUGGGCAGCAUUCCCUGGGAGCAGUGGCCGGCUGUGCCGCCGAACGAUCCCCGCUGGAUCGGUGCCUGGUGGCUGGGGCUCCUGGUCCUUGGUGUGGCUAUGGUCGUUCUCGCCCUGCCCUUGUUCUUCUUUCCACGGACGCUUAACGCUCCGAGGAAAACUACGAGAAAGUUGGAAGUUGAGGGACUGAGCUGCAACGGUGUGGAGCUCCGGGGAGUCAGUGAGGCUGGAUGGUCAAAGAAAGGACUUCCGGUUGACAACCUUCAACUGGAGAAGAAGGUUUCUGAGACAGAGAUGAGCCUAGAUCACCAUAAAAUCAAGGAACUGACAUCGAAGGGAAGUGUGAAGACAAUAAUGGGCCAAACAAAAGAUUUCAUGUCGGCUCUGUUAAGACUUGGCCGAAAUCUGACGUUGGUGGCGUUGACUUUGGGCUUGUCAACAGAGCUCGCGAUCGUUAGCGGGCUGUCGACUUUCGGCGCAAAGUUCAUCGAGACGCAAUUCGGCGUGGGUGCGGGACGGGCUGCAUUUCUCACUGGUGUGGCCAUUAUGCCUGCGUCGUGCGCCGGCCACCUGUUAGCCGGAGCGUUGCUCCGCCGAUUCAGGCUCACAGCUUUCCAGUGCUCGGUCUUUCUCUGUGUCACUGUGCUCGUCACCCUGUGCGUCUACCCUGCGCUGAUCUUUCUCGGAUGUGAAACUCCCACUGUGGUCAGUGACAGUUCCACGAUGCUGUCGUGCUCCAGUCGACAGUGCGUCUGCGACGAUACCGUCAUUGAUCCCGUGUGUGGCGUCGAUGGCUUGACGUAUCUUUCGCCCUGCCUUGCUGGCUGCAGCCGAAUGGACCGAGAAAACAAGACCUUUUCAGACUGUGCUUGCAUCCAAAGAGUCGGGGGUAAUUUUGAUAUCGGGUCGACCAAUAUCUCGUCUGAUGACGAGCCGGAGGGAUGGGAGGCGAAGGUGUCGGCGUGCCCCGCGGUCUGCACCAUGAUGAUCGCCUACAUAGUCGCAUCCUCGAUGUCUUUGUUCUUCAUGUUCAUGGGACAGAACCCCUCAAUGAUCAUCAAUCUUAGAUGCGUGGAGAAGAAAGACAGAUCUUUCGCCAUUGGAAUGCUGACUUGCGUGAUUAAAGUUAUUGGAUUUUUCCCAGCACCGGUCUUCUUCGGGGUUGUCAUUAAAUCUGCUUGUCUCCUUUACUCGUCCGGUGAGGGCGCCGUGGAGUACAAAGACACUGGAAGCUCCGUGUGCUGGCACUACGACUUGCCCGUGUAUAGGCGGCGCUUCGUCGGCUUGAUGAUCGGACUGAAGUCCUGCUCUCUAAUUUUCUUUCUGAUCGUCAUGAUUUCAUUGUGGAGGAAGAGAAAAGAAGGGGAGCAAUGCAGCGAAGAAACCAACGAAGAAACCGACGAGCGUCGGCAUUCUGCUUCGUCUGAAAUGUCCUCCAUCUAACAGAGCAGAGCAGAGAAAAAUGGAAGGGCUUGAGAGAUUUUUCCCGCAUCAGCUAUCAGAUAAUUUCAGUGCGCCAAGAGCAUGGCCUAACCAGAUCUGGUGUGGGUGUGUGUUUUGGGGAUGAAUAUUUCCCCCAGAAAUGCAUGUCCGGCUUUUUUCAUCCCGUGGAAGAAUGCUCACCCUUGCCCAGCUUUCCCGCUUAAUACGCCAGUUGCCUAUAGUAGAAUUUUAGAUCCAAAGCUUUAUUCACAGUUAGCUAAAGCUAUUUGUUUUUGUUUGGAUACACUGUUUUCUUGCACCUUUGUUGAUAUUUCCCUUUUAAAAUCCACGAUAUCCAUGGCCUUAUGUACAGCCAUUGGUUCCAUCUUGUAUCCAAUGUUUCCUCUUUUCAACUUGACGCUUGAACCUCUGUUUCUCCAUAUCAUUUUAGACAUACAACAUUGUCACUUUGUUUAUUUUAAGCCCAAGGGAAUACUCUGUCUUUCAGCAUCUUGUUAACAGCACCCCGAAGUUAUACAAUAUCAAUAAAAUGCUACUUCGUAGAAGCACGGUUGUGCACCAUUUUUCUAUACAAGUGAAACUUACUUAGGUCUUAGAUAAGUCUUGAAGGUUUGCAUGGUGAAGAGGUAUAACAGAAAGUAGGUUUGCUGCAGCACCACGGACGUAUCU